UUUUGGCGCUUGUUUCAAAUUUAGUUUUUUACGGGAAAAAUCAUACAUUUUUACACGAAAAAAGAAACAAAAUUUAAAAAAAAAACACACAAAAACACAAAAAUAAUGCAAUCUUUGUUACGUGACCAAAAGUUUAUUUUACAAACUCGGCAAAACAGAGAAAAAAGCAACAACGUAGAUUUCGUAAAUUUUCAAUCAUUGUUUGAUAUUUCUGUGAAGAGAGGUUCCAACUAAUCAAGAGGUACGAAUAAUGAACGAUGAAACCCCAAGAUGUCCGUACAACAGCCUCUACAAGCCGCUGAACUUGAUUAAAUCAAAGCCGGAUGGAUGUUUCAAGCACAACGGUCAGUGUACCUACGGUAAAAAUCUAGUGGAAAGUGUGGACGAUGGGAACUCCAGAACUCCGUAUAACAGCAUCUACGAGCCGCUGAGCCUGAACAAACCAAAGCCAGAUGGUCGGAGCUCCAACGGCAAAAAACCAGUGGACAACGAGUACGUGAAUCUUCCUGUAUUGAGCGAAGAGCAAAAACUGGCUGAUAAGCUUGCGGCCAAGCUGAGAAAGUUGGAGGUGAAGGAGCCGAAGAGCAAGAAAAGAGGAAGUAAGGAGCGAAAGAAGAAGAAGUCGGAGCCCGUAGAGAGCACAUAUGAGAGCUUGGCCACUAUUGAAGGAUCCACGAACUACUCUGGUCCAGUUACCACUGAAUCUUUGGAGAGCAAUGUGAAAUUCCACCAUGCUUCCCAGACGGCCUACAUCGGUGUGUACAGCUCUGCGGACGCUGAAGCUCAAGUCAAGAAUCGUGGAGAGUUUGCGCUGUACCACCUAUUCGAGGUGGGAAACGGCAUUGACCAUCUCACGGCGACUCUUCCAUUCGGUGGAUUGUGGAUACCCAAUCGUUCGCAAACACUACUCGCUCAAUCAACUCGUUCAAUACUACAAAUCGUUCGGAUCGAUUCAGAUGAAACAAGAGGACACUUGCUCUGAAGAGUUCUCCUGGUGGUUGGAAUAGAUCUUAUUUUGAGUUGAAUAAAAGGUUUUUUAUGUGGAAUUAAUUGAAUGAAGGGUUUCUCAUGUGGUUAUUUGCAACGUAUUUUUUUGAAAAUAAUCAAUAUUUUUCAUUUCCGUGACCUUUUCCAAAAUUAUUCCGGCUGUUCGUUUUUCCUCUCCUUUUCAAUUUUAUCGCGUUACGAUGGAUUUCAAAUCGAUAUAUUUGUUAACAAUUUUUGUUGUAAAAGCUAUAAGCGCCACAAGGAAUAUUUCGAUUU